AUGAAGGCAUCGGCAGUCUCCAGGAUCCUGGGUGUGUGCAGUCAGUUCAGAGCCAGAGAGAGAAACACCAAGAACAUCUCAACGUUGAGCCACCGAGUCGGCUACUGGCUGAGCGAGAAAAAGUUGAAGAAGCUGAAUUUUCAGGCCUUCGCUGAUUUGUGCCGGAAAAGAGGAAUAGAAGUAGUUCAGCUGGACCUCAGCCAGCCUCUUGAGGACCAGGGCCCAUUGGACGUCAUCAUCCACAAACUGACGGACCUCAUCCUAGAAGCAGACCAGAAUGACUCCCAGGCGGUUCUGCUGAUUCAAAGAGUACAGGACUACAUUGAUGCCCACCCUGAGACUAUAAUCCUCGAUCCCCUUCCAGCCAUCCGAACUUUGCUUGACCGCUGCAAGUCCUACCAGCUCAUCCACAGAAUAGAGAGCUGUAUGCAAGAUGAGAGGAUUUGCUCUCCUCCAUUCAUGGUCUUGAACACUGAGUGCAGCCCAGAUGUGUUGGAGCAAAUCAAGAGGCAAGGACUGGCAUUCCCCUUCGUUUGCAAAACACGGGUGGCUCAUGGCACCAACUCCCACGAGAUGGCCAUUAUCUUCAGUGAAGAGGACCUGAAGGAUGUGAAGCCUCCGUGUGUGAUCCAGACCUUCAUCAACCACAACGCGGUGCUCUACAAGGUGUUUGUGGUGGGGGAUUCCUACACUGUGGUGGAGAGACCCUCCCUGAAGAACUUUCCUGCUGGACCUGCAGACAGGAAAGCCAUUUUCUUCAACAGCCACAACGUUUCCAAACCGGAAUCUUCUUCUGAUUUGACGUCGAGAGAGCACAUAGAGGGAGUGUCUCUGCCACCUAAUGAUGAUGUCAUCAGGGAGCUGUCCAGGUCGUUGCGCCAGGCGCUGGGCGUGUCCCUGUUCGGCAUCGAUGUCAUCAUAAACAACCAGACGGGCCAGCAUGCCGUCAUCGACAUCAAUGCCUUCCCCGGUUACGAGGGCGUGCCGGAGUUUUUCAACGACCUGCUGAACCACAUAAGCAGCGUGCUCCAGAGCCACAACCCUGACUUUGCGCCCGCCCCCGAGCAGCCCAAAGGCCUGCCGGUGAGCGCCGGCGUGCCCAGCGCCGCGCCGCCGGCCCCCGGCUGCUGCUGCGGCAGCAUGCGGGGCAAAGAGCUGCAGAGACUGGGCUGCAACUCGGCCAUGUCCCCCAACUUCCAGCAGCACUGUGUCUCCACGAUAGCCACCAAGGCCUCCUCCCAGUGA